UACUCUUAUCUCUGCGCAUGACUACAGUAUGACGCGGCUGUAGAGUCUGGCUACGCGAGACUACAGGCUGAUCACAGGUGUACAUGUACAACACAUCCGCAUGGCAAGGCAAGAUAGAGUGAAGAAUAUUCCUGGUUUCUACUAUGAUCCAACGAAGCGUCGCUACUUUCGCGUGCGACCGGGUCACAACAUGCACAACCCGCUGACAUGGGAGUUAAUAGCCGAAGAAGAAGAGAUACGCAAGAGACGAGAAAUUCAUCAAAAAUCACAGAGCAACCAUUCCACCAACAACCGCCUCGAAGGAAUCCCAACUCUUUUGAGAAAAAGAGAAACAAACGCGUCUUAUCACGGUCGUGCUUGGCAGAACGAAGUAACAAAGAAGAGAGUUCUAGGCAUGCGCCCUCGAACUGUGCUUUGUGAUGGUUGGUGUAGAGCUCCAAAUCAAAUCUUGUUAGAUGCAUCACAGACUCGACUUUUCGUUGCUUGUGGUUGCCUUAAUUGCUUUGAAGUAUCACCAGACAGCCUCGAGUUGAUGCAUACUACAGACCAUCGAAUAUGGAACAGCGAAUUGGGAAUAAAGCAUGUGGCUUUGAGACCACAUCUUUGUGAAGCGUCUUCACCUGUUGGAAUAGUGGUAGCAGAGCAGUUCCCAGCAGUCUUAUUUGACAAAAAUUGUAGACCAAUGAGGGAAGUACCACGUUUAAUGGCAGGUAGUCGCUUUACUCAUUGCUCUUGGCAGAGGAACACGACUCGGCCUACUGAAGUGGCAAUGACUCGAACAUCAGGCAAAUCAAUAGUUCUGUAUGACACCGAAGCAAAUAGCAUUACAAAAUUGCCAGUUGUCGUGCAAAAGUCUGAAGUACUUUGCAUCGAGUUCAUGGCAAGGUCACCGGUGCUAGUAGCCGGAUAUAGAAACGGCAGUGUUUGUGCGUUGGAUCUGCGAGCGAAACAUAAAACAAGAUCAUUCUCAAGUUUCUGUAUGGAAUCAUCAGUCGGAUCAUUAAAGAUGCUAAGAGAUGAGAACUAUGUUCUGGCAAUGGGUUUGAAUGGACAACUUAACAUGUAUGAUUUCAGAGUCGGCAAACAUGUAUUACAGUAUAAACAACACGUGGGAACACACAGACAGUUGUCGUUCUGUACAAACGAUGCAGAUACUCUUGUCUUUGCUUCAGGACAAGAUCAUGUCAUCCGAAUAUGGGACAUACGUAACUCACAGCCGAUACAUCAGUUCGUACCCGAAUUAGAGCUAGAGAAUGGCAAACCAAUCAAAGAAGACCAGAUACCAUGUGUAACAUAUGGAAACAAUCUUGGUGGAACGACUCCAGGCCUUUUGACGUCUACAGACACUAGCAUUCAUUGCUACACAAUAUAGAGAUUGCUACGCAUUUAUUAUAAGGGAUUAAUAUAUAACUAGAUGCAGAAACAUGCUACCACCACAAGUUGCUAAAUAAGAAAAUUAACAACCACAGCCCGUGAGCGCGAUACUGUCGUGCAUACUUACAAUGAGUCAUAAGCUUAUUCU